UGGUGACGAGUCCCAACAUUCAUUAAAACUCGUAUCAUAUGUUUUUCCUCAUUUACUUUUGCCAAACUUCCGUGGUUGCUAAUGAAAUGAACGUCCAGGGGCUCUUGAAAUAUUUCAUUUCCUCUCAUUGAGAAUUAUUUGCACAUUGAAGACAAUUAUUGAAUUAUCGGAUUAUCGAAUCAUCGAAUUCUUGAAUUGCCCACAAUUUUGAAAUAUUCAAUCGUGAUAAAUCAAAGUGCUGUGAUCUGUGAACCCAUUAUCACCUGUGAUUCUCCUCUGAGUGCAAUGAAUAAAAUCAAUGCCGUCCAUUCAAUCAUUUCCUCUCUCUCAAUUAUCUCAGAAAAAAAUUGAUAUUUCGAAAUAAUAAAUGAUAUGGAUUUUAUUGACUCGUGAAUCAAGUGUUGGAGUGCAAAAAAAUGUUUUUCACUAGGUUAAAGAUAACGUUUGUUAUAAAAUAAGUUAUGACAGAGGAUUCAAAUGAGAAGACAUUCGAGAAAAUCGAAAAUUCUUAGGCGUGAAAGUUUUGAGGAGUGAAGUGAACUUUCGAAAAAGUGCCAUUGGAAUUGAAAGUCGGAGAGUAUUUUUUAAAGGAGAAAUUGUACAGUCAAUUAAUUAGAUAAAAACUGAAAUGUUAAUGAGUGAAUAGUCAUUUAUUGAUGGACGUUUGAGGGGUGAAAUUGGGGUACUUAGUGAUUAUUGAAAGUGAUAAGGAAAUCAUUCAAAAUAGAGUAUCCUGGCGGGAACGGGAUGUACGGGGGUGGUACGGGUAGCACGGGUUACGGGGUUGGUUUGGGCCCUGGGCCCGGGCCCUCGCAUUAUGUGCCCCCACCUCCGAGUCAUGUCGGCUACCAAUUGGGCGCUGGGCCCUCGCUGGUCGGGGGACUGUCGGCUGAUGCCACUGGCCCACCACCAGGAAGUCAGCUACUGUCUUACGGUGCUAACUUAUCGCCUCAUCAUCCUCAACAGCCGCAAAAUGAUUCGCGACAUUCCAAACGAUCAAGAUCGGACGAGGACGAUCCCAGUGGAGUGAAGUAUCGAAGAAUCGAGGACGACAAUUUGCAGGACAAGGAGAGAUUCGCCAGCCGGGAGAAUCAUUGCGAAAUUGAACGACGAAGGAGAAACAAAAUGACGGCAUAUAUAACUGAACUUUCGGAUAUGGUACCAACAUGUUCAACACUUGCCAGGAAGCCUGAUAAACUGACAAUACUCAGAAUGGCUGUUGCUCACAUGAAGGCGUUAAGAGGGACAGGUAAUACGAGUGCCGAUGGUACUUACAAGCCGUCCUUCCUUACGGAUCAGGAGCUGAAGCAUCUGAUUCUCGAGGCUGCCGAUGGUUUUCUCUUUGUCGUUAGCUGUGACACCGGUAGAAUCAUUUAUGUUUCGGAUUCGGUAGCACCAGUGCUCAAUUAUCAACAGAGUGAUUGGUAUGGCACGAGUUUGUACAAUCAGGUUCAUCCUGAUGAUACGGAAAAAGUACGAGAGCAACUAAGUGCUUCUGAGCCACAGCAUGCUGGAAGAGUUCUCGACCUCAAGACGGGAACAGUCAAGAAAGAGGGACAUCAAUCUUCUGUGAGAUUGAGCAUGGGCUCAAGACGGGGCUUCAUAUGUCGUAUGAAGGUCGGCAACCUCCAGACAACCGGUGACAUGGCAGCGGCACAGGGUCUACAUCGAAUGAAACAGAGAAAUUCACUUGGACCACCAGCAAGAGACGGCCAAAGUUACGCGGUUGUUCACUGCACGGGGUAUAUCAAAAAUUGGCCCCCCACCGGUGAGUUUGGUGAUUUUGUUCCCCCGUGUGUACCAGGUGUGGGUUUAGGUGACAGAAAUGCGGUACAAACUGGACCGGAUGGCAUUGUCUCUGAGGAUGGUGCUAAUCACUGCUGUCUCGUUGCUAUCGGACGUCUUCAGGUUACCAGCACACCCAAUACCAAUGAUUUGACUGGUUCCAAUAGCAAUAACGAAUUCAUCUCACGUCACUCUGCAGAAGGGAAAUUUACAUUCGUCGAUCAGAGGGUCAGUGGAAUAUUGGGAUAUUCGCCGUCCGAACUUCUUGGCCAUCAAUGCUAUGAGUUUAUUCAUGAACAAGAAUUACCUUUCAUGCGAGAAAAUUUUGAUCAAGUUUUAAAACUAAAAGGACAAAUAGUAUCACUGUCAUAUCGUUUUCGUGCUAAAAAUCGUGACUGGGUGUGGCUGAGAACGUCGGCGUUUGCCUUCUUAAAUCCCUGCUCGCAAGAUGUUGAGUACAUUGUGUGUACGAAUACAGUUGGAAAAUCAAUUCAUCCCAGUGGUGAGACACAAAUUGAGAAUGACACACUUCAAACAUAUGGACAGCACAGUCUUGAUUAUUCCCUCCAGCGACAACAGUCGAGGGACGCUAUGUACCCUGCUCAUCACAUGAUGCAGCAUCCAGCAGCUGUAGCUGCACCAGGACCACAGCAACAACAACCACGACCAGCUAGCACCCAAAAUGCCUAUCAAGGAUACGAAGCAACGCAGUCACCGAUUGCGUACGGAUCGCCGAGUCAGCAAACGGCUCCCACGGUUUUAAAUAGAAUGCAAAAACCAGCUAAUACAUCCCCCACACCUGUUCAACAAGGGUGGGCAAUCGGCCGUCAGCAACCUGUGACUGAGGGGUAUCAGUAUAGUCAACUGAGUCCUUCGAGAUCACCAAGUGGUCCCACCUAUACCCAAUUGAGCAGCGGUGCCAGGACAGCACCGACUCAGUAUCAUUCAGUGACGACAGUGCCUAAUAAUCCAGGUAUGUGGGCCUGGCAGGGCCAGCAACACCAGGGACAACAGCAGGAUAGUGGACAAUCAAAUGCACAGGUGACGGGUCAACCGCAGGCCACACACGGGCCACAAGGUGGUCCUGGUACCCAGCCCCAAGAAUUCAAUGAAAUGCUGCAGAUGUUGCAAGACCAGGGUGGCCCACCUGGGUUCGGUGAACUCGAUAUGUUUGGCACCAAUUUUGAGUAGCGGUAAAGUGUAGCUAACAAUGGGAAAACCGAGCGAACGAUACAGCAACAAAAUGAAAAAGGGAAAUAAAUAAUUUGUGAAUACUCUUGGUGGGUACGCACAAAAUACUUAGCAUUGAAAAUUUCACCUACUUUUUUUUGGUGGAAAAAACAUACCCUAGAGAGCACUUGUCCUGCAUCUGGUACACCAAAAGGGUUUAAUUAGGUUUUAAGUGAAUUACCACUUUCCACGAUACUUUUGGAACACACAAGUGUUGAAGAAUUGUCUCGUGAAGUUGGUAUUCAUUUUUUAAACGACAGAACAAGUGUUACGGGCCUAUGAUGGCCAGAUAUGCGCACACAAGGAACCCCAUUUUUUAAUCAAUUGAAUCGAAAGGAACAAUCAUGGAUUCCUCGAUUAUUGACUUUUGACGCCAGCAAUUGUAUUUCAUUUGAAAAAGCAAUUUUUAAUCUUAUGUCACGAUGUUUUAAAAAUAUUUUAUGUUAGCAAAACAUUAAUAGGAACAAGAGAUCAUUUUAUUCCGUGUAGUUGAAAGGAUUGACUAAUGUUUUUUUUAGGAUAAAAAAGAAUCAUGUUUCAAUGUUUCAGUGUGAGAACUAUGGAACAUCAUAAUUUUAUCAUAUGCUUAUCAUUAGCCAGCGUACAACUAGUAUGAUUAUUUUUCAUUUAGUUCAUUUAUUGUAAUCAUUACAGUGCAAUCAUGAAGAGAAGGCAUGAAAAUCAUGAGAAAAAGUAUUGUUCAAAUGUUGACAAUGUACAAAAUUAUACAAACACAUUUCGCUUCUUUGUGCGACACAGUUUUUAGGUAUCAUUAAGACAAAAAUAUUAUGACAAUGAGAGCAAAAAAAAUCGUAAGAAAUAAUUAUAGAUAACGUUACCGCCUACGAUUGUAUAAGUGAACCACGCGUGAUUCGUUGCAUUUGUACAUGUUUUAGUGAUUUUUCUUGAAAUGGAAUGAUAACAAAAUGACAACUAGCAUAUCAUGAUGAAAAAAUCUGUUGGAACGAGAAAAAAAAAUUUUUCACCAAUGUACGGGUUAUGAAUAUGAGUUGUAGAUUUUUUUUCAACCCA